CUGAAUCGGAAAUUGAAACAAAAAUGACCAAUAAACACAAAUAGUGUUAAAUGAUGCUUUAAAUAUGUCAAAUUCAUCUAAAUUCAUAUCGACAAAAGUUGCUUUUGCAGGUACAGCUGGAAACGACUCACGACCUGACCAAUAGAAUUGGAGAACAUUAAUAACCAUGAAUGGUGUUAAAUAUUUUAAGUCAAGUCAAAUGACAAAAUUUGACAUAAUUGCUUGGCAGGUAGCAACCUUUGUAGGUACGUGUUACAAAAUAAAGCAGGAAACAACACAACUGCCUUAAAAAGUGAAUAUUGUCCGAAAUAUCAAAGGCUGAAGUAAAUUCACGUAUACAGCUCUUUUUGACGUUCAAUAUUACAAAAUAAAUCAAGAGGCGACUCAACUCUGACCAUGACAAAUUGCAUGUUCCUUAAACCCUGAGAAUGAGCUCACUGGAGUGUUGCAAAUGGAAUGAGGACAUUUAUGAAUAUCCUGUGAAAGGGUUGCAAAUCAAACGCAGGUGACUUUCUUUUCACGUUGGAAGGGAAUUUCUCAUGUCUGCAUCUCUUCUUGAAAGCAGAAAUGAUCCACCGAAAGGAUCACGCAACAAGUUGGGGGAAACCACAGAUCGGCAAAAAGUUUAAAAUGGGGUGGGGGCGGGGGAACGAGGAUCGAAGUUUUGUUUUAUUCAUUUUCACAAAAAUAUAUAUAUUUUUAAUGGAUGUAACAAAUAUUACAAGACUCUUGAUCGAUUGUGGCAGAAAAUCAGACUUUGUGGGCGUUGUCACGAGGCCACCGCCCCCUUCUUUUCAUCUUCUCCCCUCCACACCCUCUCCUCAGUGACGAAUGGAAAUCAUGUCAGUGCUUCAGCGAGAUCUCUGCUGAGUAGGAAGUCGGUGGGCUUGCUGCAGGACCUGAGCCAUGUGGUGGAUGGAGGCAAUUGUGACACUGAGUUCUGGAGAAGCUGCACUUUGUUGCCGUGUGAUGUGAGCUGCACACGGACAGACGAAUGCGAAGGAGGAAGCCGUGAGUUCCGCAUCCCGCAUCCCAAGCAGCGACAACGAUGAGGACCGCUUUUGUCCUUCUUCUUUUGUUGCUUUGGGGCGCCGCCGCCGCCGCCGCCGCCGCCGCCGCCGUGAAGCUCAAGUGUCCCGAACACCAGCCCAACACAGGCCUGGUCUGCUGGAAUGACUACAAUCGAAACAUGACGUGCGUCUGGAACAGCUCGGACACACGCACGGGCAGCGGCGCGGUGGCGUGCGGCAUACACGCAAAAAGGAUCAACGUCACGUUGCGAACAAUGAUCCCAUCGUGGAUGGAAAUUCCAAUGGCGAACAUUUGACGGCCAUUUCAGAUUCAGGUUUGCAGCCGGGGUUGGAUUUAAAAUGAGGGUUUUAAGACGAGGUUAUGUUUUGAGAUGAGGGUUUCAACGAAACAUUCAUUUCAAGGAUUCAUUGUUUUUUUUGUUUUGUUUUUUUCAAACAAGAGUUCAAGUUUUGGAUCGGGGGGGUGUCCAAUUUAAGUUCCAAUGUAGGAUUUCAAGCCAAUGACGGGGUUUCAAGACUAGCUCGGGGUUUUAAACAAGGGUGGAUGUUUCAAAUUCGGGUUUUCAAUCUGGAGUUCAGGUUUCAAGUGAGGGGUUCAUGACUGGGUCAAGGAGUUCAGUCUUUGUUUGGGUCUCAAGCAAAACGUGUUUUCCCUGUUGCACUUUCAGUAGGCGCCAAUACGAGUCUGAGUGUGUUCUUCGGCCGCUGGACGCGCGGACGGCUUCCUCGCCGCAGACGUGCUCGCUCAUCUUUGGCAAAGACAGCAUCUUUCAGUCGCACCACGUGUUGAGAGUUUGGAUCAACUGCUCCAAGGUGGCGAUGACCUACCAGCCCGCCUGUCACGUGAAGCUCCCUGCGCCAGGAAAGCCUGAAAUCAACCAGACCACCGUCUCCUGGGCAGCUGCCAAGCAGGACUCGAUGUCUCUGUACAACUUCCAGCUGGAGUGGAAGCAGGCCGAUGAGCCCUGGGAUGGAGCGUCGGUACACAGAGAGAAGAAAUCCUGCAAGGAGUCAUGCCGAUCCAAUCUGAGUCUGGACCAGUUGAGCCGAGGGACGGCGUACGAGGCGCGCCUUCGGGUCAGAGCUUCGGAGGACGAUGGGGUGGCGUCGGUGUGGAGCGACUGGAGCGCCGCCGCACGCUGGACGUCAGAUGUCGGGGAGGCCGCGGCGCCACCCGCUGACUCCCUGUGGCUGGUUUUGGGGGUGACGAUCUCCGGAACAGCCUUUGCCGUCUUUCUGACUCUUCUGCUCUUUAGGAAAGACAAGAUCAACUGGGUUUAUGUCUUCAAGAAGAUUCGAGGCCCACGACUACCAGACCCGGGAAAGUCUUCCCUCCAGAACAAGUGGCCACGUCCUCCUUUCAGCAGCGAGUCCUUGCAAGUCUUCCUGCGGCCCGUGGACGUCCUCGCGGUGAUGCCUGUCGGCUGUGUGGAAACCGUAAGUCUCGGAGACCCUCGGUAUCCAAGAGACCCUGGAGCUGUCCUGGAGAAGAUGAUGAGAAAGAUCACCACAGUUGGCUUGUUCCCGCCCGCGAGCUCCCAACUGCGGCCUCCUCCCUUCCCUGUGGCCUCCCUCACUUCGGGCAACCUGAAACUGUGCGCCCCGGAGUCCCCCUACGGCACCGUGGGGGCCAUCGCGGACCAGGACGGGGAGAUGACGGAUGCUCGGAAACUCUUCCUGGAAGUUAUUGGCGGGGUCGGCGACAAGGCGACGCCAGUUAUUUCAGACUAUGAGAAGAUCGAGAAACUCCAGGGUGAACGUUCGAAAGACGAUGACGAGUCUGGAGGUCAAUGUGGAGGUGCAGGCCGAUCUCCCCUUGAAGGGGUUCUCAUCAAAGGCUCCGUCCAGGUGAGUUUGGACUACGAAUGCAUCCGGACGCGACACCACCAUGAUAGCCCCGAGCUCCCCGGUGCGGAUUCGGGCGUCGGGGGCGUACGCGAGGAGCACGCAGGGCCCGAGGUGAGCUUGGAGGACGGGGAGGAGAAGGCCUCCUGCUUGCCCUGUCCCCCUGGUCCUGCUGGUCCUUGUGGGUGCGCUCCUCCUUUGGACUUCCACCGUCCAACUCUGGAGAGUCUCCAAGCUCUCCUGCUGGAUGCCACAGAUUUCACACGUGGAGCAGUAGAACCCUCCAGCGGUGGUUAUAUGUCCGUGUGUCAGCGCGAUCCCGAAACUGGUUGAAGGACAUACACCCGCCAUUGAGUUGGCGCACCCCUUCGACCCCCAUGCUCAUGCAAGUGCAAACAACAAAUGUAUGGAAGUUCAAGUUAAUCACUGUCAUUUAGAUUCCAUGGAAAAUGCCAAGCGCUCAUUUUAACGUCAUAUAUGAGAUAGCGCACCACCCUCUACCUUGCGUAUACCCCCCCCCAUCCCCUCAAAAAAAAGUCCAGAAGAAGCAUUUUUGAUGUUCAAAUCUAAUUUGUAUAAUGUGUACAGUUGAAAUCCAUCAUUCCCAAACUUGUUGAACCACACAAGCCUUUUUAUUUGGCGCACCCGCACCUCUCCCGCCCACAGUAAAAAAUGACUUUUUUUUCCAGUGUUGGAGAAGAACAAUAUUUUAUUCAGUUUAUGGCUCCCUUUUUCAAACUUUUCAAGCCACGCGCCACUUUCAAAGUAUCCUUUGAGCCGGCACACCCCUUAUACCCCCCUCCCCUAAAUGAAAGUGCCAAACAUCUUCACAUUUCAGUUCAACAUGAAUUUGUAUCGUUUGCAGCAGUCUGUCGUGGACUUUUUAAGCGUAUCCCCCAGAAACACCUUUAAAAAACAGCCCAAAAAGCUUUUUUUUUUUUUUUUUUUUUUUUUUACAUUUUCAAGCACUUAUUUGAACAUUCCAAAUGAGUGAGCACACCACCUUCUACUCCGCAACAAACACUCCUCCCUAAAGUUCUAAAGCAUUUUUUUUGUCUUUUUUUUUGUUUGUUUGUUUGUUUGUUUGUUUGAACGUCUUUAGUCACCCGCUCCCUUCAACGCCGCCACUGAAUUGGCGCACCAGCUCUCCUCCAACACGUACCUUAUAAUUUUUCUUUCAAUGUUGCGCCCCCUCUCAUUCCCUGACCCCCGCCCCCGCCCAAAAAAAAAAUAAGUCUAUAAAUUGAAAAAAAGGACAUUUCAUGUUUGUAAACGUUUGUAUUCUACUUAAACUGUGCAAGUCGAAGAUGAUUUCGGUGAAGCGACAAUGAAGCAUUAACAUGUUGAACAAC